UUGAAUGUCGGCGACAGGUCCGAUUACCCUUCUUUUGUUUUCCCGUCGUAGAAGAUCGAUACUUCCGUCUGGUCGGUGUCCCUUCGGAUUCCCAAUCCUAGAGGCAACAGAACAAUCUUGUUGGCGUCUUUUGGAGGAACCCUAAUUCAUCGAUUUUUCUCUGAUCAAAUUGGUGUUCGGAUGUUUUGAUGUGCAGUGUCCGAUCCCUGGGUCGGCUGCUGUACGGAGACUGUAUGCUGUGAAUUUGUCGGCUCUAUCAGUGAUUGUUCGAGUUUGCGGCUGCUUAUUUUGAACUGAGCUCGUGUUUCUCGUUGUUGAGGGUUAAGAUAUGGAUUUGAUAACUAGCUGCAAGGAUAAACUUGCAUAUUUCCGGAUAAAAGAGCUGAAGGAUGUGCUCACUCAGCUUGGACUCUCAAAACAGGGAAAGAAACAGGACCUUGUUGACCGGAUUUUGGCCAUGCUUUCAGAUGAAGAAGCUGCCAGGUUAUGGUCUAAGAAGAAUGUGGUGGCUAGGGAUGAGGUUGCACAACUAGUCGAUGAUACCUAUAGGAAAAUGCAAGUAUCUGGGGCAAGUGAUCUAGCAUCAAAAGGACAAGUUGGCUCAGAUGCCAGUAAUGUGAAAGUUAAGGGGGAAGUUGAAGAUCCCUUUCAAUCUGAUAUUAAAGUUCGGUGUAUUUGUGGAAAUUCUCUAGAUACCGACUCAAUGGUACAGUGUGAGGACCGCAGAUGUCACAUCUGGGAGCAUGUUGGCUGUGUUAUUAUCCCUGAGAAGCCGAUGGAUGGAAAUCCAUCUCUUCCUGACUCAUUUUACUGUGAAGUCUGCAGACUUACCCGUGCUGACCCAUUUUGGGUCACUGUGGCGCAUCCGCUUUUUCCGGUAAAGUUGACUACUACAACUAUCCAAACUGAUGGUACAAACCCAAUGCAGAGUCUGGAGAGAACGUUCCAAAUCACAAGGGCGGACAAGGACUUGGUGGCGAAACAAGAGUAUGAUGUUCAGGCAUGGUGUAUGCUUUUGAAUGACAAAGUUCAGUUCAGGAUGCAGUGGCCUCAGUAUGCUGAUCUGCAGGUCAACGGUAUACCUGUCCGUGCUAUUAACCGACCUGGGUCACAGCUUCUAGGAGCCAAUGGCCGUGAUGAUGGACAAAUUAUCACACCUUGUAUCAGGGAUGGUAUUAACAAGAUAUCCUUGAAUGGAUGCGAUGCUCGUGUUUUUUGCUUUGGGGUUAGGCUUGUGAAGCGAAUAACUCUUCAGCAGGUCCUAAAUAUGAUUCCAGAGGAGGCUAAAGGUGAGCCUUUCGAGGAGGCUCUUGCCCGUGUAUGCCGAUGUGUUGGAGGUGGAACUGGAGGUGAUAAUGCCGACAGUGAUAGUGACAUUGAAGUCGUUGCAGAUUUCUUCACUAUUAAUCUGCGUUGUCCUAUGAGCGGUUCCAGGAUAAAAGUUGCUGGGAGAUUUAAACCCUGUGCACACAUGGGCUGUUUUGACCUCGAGGUGUUUGUGGAGCUGAAUCAACGUUCCAGAAAGUGGCAGUGCCCAAUUUGCCUGAAGAACUACUCGCUGGAGCAUAUAAUCAUGGAUCCUUAUUUUAACCGUGUCACGUCCAAGAUGAGACAUUGUGAUGAGGAUGUGACUGAAAUUGAAGUGAAGCCUGAUGGUUCUUGGCGUGUGAAGUCAAAAACUGAGAAUGAGCGUAGGGAAUUGGGUGAACUCACACAGUGGCACUUGGCUGAUGGUAAUCUCUGCCCUUCUGCUGAUGAGGUUAAACCAAAGGCGGAAACAUUGACCCUAGUUAAACAAGAAGGUUGUUCAGAUGGUCCGACUGGUCUGAAAUUUGGAAUAAGGAAGAGCAAUGGCAUUUGGGAAGUUAGCAAACCUAAUACCAAUGAUUUUUCAUCUGGAAACAGAGAAGAGAAGCUAAGAUAUCAGGAGCAGCAAAUUAUACCAAUGAGUAGUAGUGCCACUGGAAGUGGUAGGGAUGGUGAUGAGCGAAGUGUAAAUCAAGAAGCUGUUGGAGCCUUUGAUUUCCCAAACAACGGGAUUGAGCUCGAUUCUAUAUCCAUGAAUGUUGAUUCAGGGUAUAACUUUGUUGACCGGAAUCCGCCUGCAUCAGCUAGAAAUACGGAAGUGAUCGUUCUAAGCGAUUCAGACGGUGAAAACGAUGUCCUGGUUACAUCCGGAGCGGCUUACAAUGGCGGCAAUCAAACUGAUACCGGGGUAAAUUUUCAACUUCACCCGUCUGGUAUGAUGACUUCAUACUGCGAGGACCCGAACACAGUGGCCGGGGGCAAUUCAGGCUUGGGUCUUUUCAACAACGAUGAUGAUGAUUUUCUGUGGCCGUUGCCUCCUGAAACUCAUGGAGGUCCAGGUUUCCAACUAUUUGCACCUGAUCCUGACAUCUCAGAAAGUAUGAUCGGUUUGCCUCAUGGUUCACUGAACUGUCUCCCUGCAAUAGAUGGUGGGUACACCAUGGCUCCGGAGACAUCCAUGGCAUCUGUUCCUAUGGUCCCAGACUCAGCUGGGCGAUCCGAGGCAGACGCAAAUGAUGGCUUAGUUGACAAUCCUCUGGCAUUUAGCAGAGAUGAUCCUUCACUUCAAAUAUUUCUCCCAGCAAAACCCGAUGCCUCAACUCAGUCCAGUUUUAGAAACCAGGCUGAUGUGUCGAACGAUAUCCGUAACGAUGAUUGGAUCUCGCUUAGUCUAGGUGAUAGCGCAUGUGGGAAUCAUGGAAAUCAUGGUGAGGCGGCACCCACAAACGGGCUUAACGUAAACCGGCCGAUUUCUGGAAGGGAAGACGCUUUGGAUACAUUGACAGAGACCGCUUCAUUGCUUCUGGGAAUGAAUGGGAGCAGGCCAGAGAAAGCAAGUAGACGAAGAUCAGAUAGUCCAUUCUUGUUCCCGCGGCAGAAGCGUUCUAACAAUCAGAAGCACCAAACAGCAGGUGGGAGUUCUCCAAGCUAUCCUUGAUUCCUCCACUCUCGCCUUCCGAUUCCCUAUUUUUUUUUUCACCCCGAGCUCGGGUUUUGUGCAGGAUGAUAUAGUUCGAAGCAGAGACUCGUUUUCUGCAAGUGUUAAUGGAGGGGGAGAGGGGCUUCUGCUUGAUUCCAUUCUUGUGGUAAAUUGUCUUCUUCUGAUGGGUUUUUGACUGUGAAGAAAAAGGUGCUUUCUUUUCUUUGUUUUGUCAUUUGUAAAGGUGCGGGGAAACCAUAAGGCAAGCCGGAUUUCUGUCUAAGGAGAGAGCCAUAGAGAAAGUAGAGCAUCACUUGUAAAUGCCCACUCUCCUAUUUUUUCUUAUUUAUAUACCCACAAAAAGAAAAAACAUCACACCAUUCGCUGGGCUCUUUUCCAUCCGCAAUGUGAAUUUAAUGAAUUCACCUUUGAAAUUGUCUGUGUGGGUGUCGUUUUACUUACAAGGCUGAGAUCAUAGAUCAUUAUUGUUCAUGUC